AUGUCAGUACGAGGGCGUAAGCGGCCGGCCGUGUCUCCGGACGACGUGCUGCGCAGCAACGUGCGGCUGCUGCAGAUGGCGGGCGUGUGGCCGCCGUCGGCGCCGCGCGGGCUCGGCCGGUUGUUCCCGCUGCACGUCGCCUCCGUCUACCUCAGCCAGCUGGCCAGCAUCGCCAUGGCGCUGCAGCUCAUCUACUCGGCGCGCGGCGACAUGCACGAGAUCACGCAGGCGCUCAUGAACGCCAUGACUCUGGUUGGCGGCGUGCUCAAGCUGGCGCACCUCUCGACGCACGUGCCUGCCUACAGCCGGCUCGUCGCGGCGCUGCGUGACGUCAUCAGGAUUCAGCGGCCGCAUUGCGAGACCACUCCCAGCCUCAUGGCCGUCUUCACCGCCGUCCACCGCAAGACGCUGCGGCUCACCUUCUGGCCCAUUGCGUACCUCAACCUCCUGGCGCUCGGCUGGUACAUGAUACCCAUCAUCUCCUGGGCCACCGGCUCGGAAAAGAGACUACUGCCUUUCUUCACCCUCCACGGAGUUGAUUGCUACGAUUUCGUUCUAUACGUUGUCAUCUAUUUCGUGCAGUGCCACUCGAUUUUCUACUGGUGCUUCAUCAGUAUCGGGCAGGACAUGUUCUUCGUGACGAGCAUGGUUCACGUGGCCACCCAGCUGCAGAUUCUCAACGUUCGUCUGUCGAAACUGGGCGGAGGACAGGAAACAGAUAAAGAAUUUGGGCGGCUCUACUGUUGUAGAGCAGAGGACUGUGGCACGUGUGAGAGGAAACCAAUGUCUAACGAGAUGUACACGGAGCUUCGAAACUGCAUCACGACGCAUCAGGAAAUUCUCAAGUUCGUGCAGUUCCUGCAGCAGGUGAUGAGUCCAGUGGCCAUGGCGCAGUUCAUGUGCAGCGUCGGAGCAGCGUGUGUCACACUGUACCAGGCAACCUUUGGGCUCUCGGUGUCGCUGUCGGCGUACAGCAGCCAGUGGAUGGGAGCCGGCAGACGCGUGACCAGCGCGCUGCGCACGCUCAUGUGCCAGGCGCAGCGGCCGCUGCGGCUGCAUGCCGGGAAGCUCUACCCUGUCAACAGGGAUACCUUCGUCUCCGCUGAACAACAGCGUAUGAAGAAUUAA